AAUUUAGUUCAUCGACAGAUGUUGCAAAAUUAGGCCUUUGAAGAAAUUAAAAAUUCGCCAACAUGCCGAAGAAAAAAACCGGCCAGAGAAAGAAGGCUGAAAAACAAAAGGAAAGACAGAGGGAUAUAAGAAAAUCACACAAUGAGCGUCCGAUAGUUGAACGGCCUUGCAACUUUUUAAUGGAAUGUGAGCAGUGUGGGAAAUCACAGAAGAAUCGAGCUUUCUGUUAUUUUUGUAACUCUUUACAAAGACUGCCUGUAUGUGGAGCAUGUGGGAAACAGAAGUGUAUGAUGAAGACAGGGGAUUGUGUGAUUAGACAUCCAGGACAGUACACUACAGGAAUGGCUAUGGUUGGUGCUAUAUGUGAUUUCUGCGAAGCGUGGAUCUGUCAUGGAAGGAAAUGUUUAACAACUCAUGCAUGUACCUGUCCAUUAAUGGAUGCAGUGUGUAAGGAAUGUCAGAGAAGUGUAGAAAAUCAAGGUGGCAGAUUUUUCAGGUGUUCAUUCUGUUGGAAUUUCCUGUGUGAAGAUGAUCAGUUUGAACAUCAGGCUAGUUGUCAACAACUUGAGUCUGACUCGUAUAAAUGUGGCUCCUGCAAUAAACUAGGCCAGUGGUCUUGUCUUAGAUGUAAGAUAUGUUUCUGUGAUGAUCAUGUUAAAAGGAAGGGAUUUAAAUAUGCUCGUGGAGCGGCAUAUCCCUGUCCUAAAUGUGGCCAUGAUACACGAGAGACCAAAGAAUUAGCUAUGACAGCUCGUACAUACGACUUUGGUAGGAAAGGUGUUAACGAGGGUGCUGCGAAGGGAUACACUUAUGACGAUGAUUAUCAGGAUGAAUAUUCCUACAACUUUGGACAAGAAGAAUAUAAAUUUACAGGAUUUGGUGGCGUCUCCUAUGAAGGUGGUGACUAUUCCGAUGACGAUGAUGAAGAUUAUGAGGAUUCGGAUGAAGAGUCUGAAGAAGACGAUGAUGAAGAUGAGGAGGACUCAAAGGAAGGCGAGAAACCCAAAGAUGAAGAUGUGGCAAAAAGUACAGAAAAACUCAAAAUAUGAUGAAAGCAGUUACUUUAGAAAUUUCAGCAAACCUUAUUUAAAAUUCAAUUUAUUGUU